UACCGUUAUUGAUGCUUGUCGGCGAAUUAAGGACCUGGCAAUUUUAGGCUGACAUGUCAAUAAAUUUAAGAAAAUAAUUUCACGCAAAUGAAAAAAUGAUUGCAGCACUUUCCUAAAUUCAAAGUUGUGAAUAAUUGUUGUGUUUUGUGCUGUGAUAGCGCAUCGAUAGGAGCAAGCAAGUGAAAAAUUUUCGCAAAUUAAAAUAGAAAACAAACAAAAAAAAUUAAGUAUUAAAAGCAAGCAAAUAUCGAUUCUGCACAAAAAUAUGGCAUUCGUGCAACGUUAGUGCUGUACAGUGAUGGCCGGUAGCAGGCACAGCAAUAAAAAUGGCCCACAAGGGAUUUACGAGUGCAAUAUAAUUUGCAACGGGAUUCAGAAAAAGACGCGUAACAAUUAAGAAAUCAGUAUCUACAUAGACUCAAAACUAUUUGCACACUGUCUUCAAUAACAUGACAAUGGAUUGGAGUUGGGCCAUUGCUGGUGUCAACGAUGAAAUACCUCGUACAGCGGGUCCCGAAUGCAUUAACUAUAUGACAAAUCGUCGACGCUGGACCGAAUCAAUAAUACUCAGCCUAAUAUUUAUAUAUUUAAUAUAUUGGGCUGCGAAGCGCAUGGAUCCGAUAAUAGUGCCAUCGGCGAAGGAAAUCAAUAAGCCACACUCUGCCAUAAGAUUAAUGCUAAUGAUAUUGAUGACUUUUAUCUUUGGUGUGGAAAUGGGUUUUAAAUUUGCCAAUAGAAAUAUGAUAUAUGUCUUGAAUCCAUGCCAUAUACAAACUUUGGUGCAGAUUUAUUUAUUGGCCGCUAAGCCUAGUAAAACUACUACAGCAUUAUUUCGAAUACAAAUGAAUAAUUUGAAUGGGCCCUUUUUGGCGUUUCUAUUUCCGGAAGUCGAAUGUCGUACCCUUCAUUUUGAACAAGCGACCUAUUGGAUUCAGCAUGCGCUAUUAUAUAUAAUUCCAGUAUAUAUAUUAAAGAGUGGUGAGUACGAAAGUUAA